GGGGGGAUGGGAUGGGAUGGGAUGGGAUGGCUUGUGCUGUAAUUAUCUUCUCUCUCUCUCUCUCUCUCUCUGUUAUGGAGUUUGAGAAAACACUAAAUUUAAUACAAUGAACAAAGGAAAAAUACCCCAUAAAUAAAGCCCCAAAACCAAGGAAGUGAGAGUGCGACACCCUCCCUUCUCUGCCAGUCUGCAGUUUGGUUUGUUUAGUAGUACCUCUUUCUCUCUCUCUCUCUCUCUCUUUCUCUCUCUUUUUUGGCUCUUUGGCUUUCUCUCUCACGCACAGCACACAUUGCUCUCUCUCUCUCUCUCUCUCUGUCUGUAACUCUGAAAUAGAGGAAACCAAACAGCAGAGGAGUUUUUAAUGUUGUUCAACAACCGCCCUUUAACACCUUUCUUUCUUUCUUUCUCUCUCUGUGAGAGUGGUCUCAGAGGCUGAGUGUUUUUUUUCGUUCUUGGAAGUUCUUUGGCUCAGAUCUGUCCCAUUUUAUUUUUAUUUUUUAAAUUUCGCUUCGUUACAUUUGUUUCAACUUCUGUUUCUUGCGUUUUGAGUGGGUGAAAGAUGAGUAAAGAAGAGUUCUUGAAGAUCCAGACUUGCGUUCUGAAGGUCAAUAUACACUGUGAUGGGUGUAAGCAAAAAGUGAAGAAAAUCUUGCAGAAGAUUGAUGGUGUUUACACCACCAACAUAGAUUCAGAGCAGGGGAAGGUGACAGUAUCAGGGAAUGUUGACCCAGCCACGCUCAUCAAGAAGCUUAACAAGAAUGGGAAAUAUGCAGAGAUAUGGGGUGCACCAAAGCCCAACAACAACAAUAACCACAACCAGCUCAACAAUCAGUUGAAGAACCUGCAAAUUGACAGUGGCAAAGGUGGAAACAACAAGGGCCAGCCUCAAAAGGGUGGUGUCAAUAACCAGCCAAAAGGUGGGGUUCCUCAGGUUCAAAAUCCACAGCUUCAGCAGCUUCAACAGCUUCAGCAGCUUCAACAGAUGAAAGGAUUUCAAGAUCUGAAGAUGCCCCCACAGUUUAUGAAGGACCUGAAAAUUCCCCCUCUUAACAACACUAAGGAGCAGAACCCGAAGUCUGUCAAGUUCAACUUGCCUGAAGAUGAAGGCCUCUCUGAUGAUGAGUAUGAUGAUGAUGACUAUGAAGAUGACGACGACUAUGAUGAUGAUGAAGAUGACCUUGAUGAUGAUUUAGAUGAUGUCCCUCUGAAUAGGACGAAGCCCAUCGUGGGAAAUGGGCAGGGCGGCUCGCAAAUGCCUAACAUGUUGAUGAGUAGCAUGAUGAAUGGCCAGAACCCUCAGCAACUGAUGAAGGGUGUUCCUAAUGUUGGUAGUAAUGGAGGCAACAUCGGUGCUAAUGCGAAAAAAGGUGGGGGUGGAAGUGGUGCAAACAUCCCUGUCCAAAUCAAUCUUGGCGGUGGUAGUGAUGGAAAGGGCGGUGCUAAUGGUGGCAAGAAAGGUGGUAAUGGGAGUAACAAUGGUGGAAACCAGAAUCCGGUUGGUGGAAAAGGUGGCAAGAACGGUGGUGGGCAGCCGCAAGACAGCAAAAACAGUGGCGGCAAUGGUGGUCAGAACAAAAGCGGUGGCGGUGGGGUUGCCAAUGUCAACAAUUUUAAUCCUAAUGGUGCCAAGAAAGGGGGUGGAAUGAAUGAUGGGCCUCUUGGCAUGCCAAACAUGAUGUCCAUGAAUGCUGGUGGUAGUGUGGGCCAGAUGAGGAAUAUGCCAAUGGGCCCUAUGGGCAAUCUGCCAAUGGGCCAAAUGGGCAAUCUUGCAUCUGCUCAAGGUAUGCCGACAAUGAACGGCAGUGGUGGUGGUGGCGGUGGUAACGGCAAUGGUGGCCUCGGCAGUGGUGGGGCAGGGUAUUUUCAAGGUGGUGGGCCGGAGCCCAUGGCUGGGAACCCCUACUAUCAACAACAGCAACAACUGGCUCAACAACAACAACUGGCUGCAAUGAUGAUGAACCAGCAACGCGCAAUUGGGAACGAGAGGUUUCAGCCAAUGAUGUAUGCCCGACCUCCACCUGCUGUUAACUACAUGCCGCCAUACCCUCCUUACCCAUAUCCACCUCCACCAGGCGAGCGGGCCGACCAAUAUGCAAUGUUCAGUGACGAAAACACCUCGAGCUGCAGUGUGAUGUGAAGCUGAAUUGGCUGAGAUUCUUACAGUGAAGGAGGGUAGUGGUGGUUGAGUUCAUAGCCUCAUGACUUUGGCAUAAUAUACCUGAAAAUGGUCUUACUUUGAUUUUUAUGUUGGUUUUCUUUUUCUUUUUUUUCAAUCCUAAGUUAGAUUAGUGGUUGAUGAUAGGGAGCAUGUGAUAGAUGAUAAUAAAUUAAAAGCUUUUAGACA